CCCAGAAGCGUGAGAGUUAGGCGACCCGGCGAUGUGGGGACGCGCGCCAGGAUCGUGAGAGUUAGUGCGCUGACAACAUGGCGUCCAGAACUGCAGGAGGAGGGACGGUCCUUGCUUCAGGAAUAAGGACGAGGAAGAGGAAGGAGCGCAAACUGUACAGCGAUGACUGGGCGCUGGGGGAUGAAGAGAUUGAGGGUCACCACACCUUCGACCUGGAGCAGAAGAUUCACUCCCAUGAAUUUGACUCUUGUUUUGUUAAGGACAUGACCAACAUAGAGUACAACCUGGGACAUGUGCAAGAGAAUGGGUUCAACUGGCCACUGCUGUUUAGGGACAAAUCCAAGUUGGGCAUCUGUAUCCCCAGUGAUGACUUCACCAUCAAUGACGUCAGGCUGUGUGUUGGGUCAAGGCGGAUGCUGGACGUGAUGGAUGUGAACACUCAGAAGAACGUGGAGAUGACCAUGAAGGAUUGGCAGCGGUACUUUGAGAGUCAAGACAAGGACAAACUUCUCAAUGUGAUCUCGCUGGAGUUCUCACACACCAAACUGGAGUCCCUCAUCCAGGCACCCACUGUGGUGCGACAGAUUGACUGGGUGGAGCGGGUGUGGCCGAGGCACCUGAAGGAGGCCCAGACAGAGGCUACCAAUGUGCUGGAGGACAUGAUGUACCCCAAGGUGCAGAAGUACUGUCUCAUGUCCGUGCGUGGCUGCUACACUGAUUUCCACAUUGACUUUGGUGGCACCUCUGUGUGGUAUCAUGUCCUGAGGGGGAAGAAGAUAUUUUGGCUGAUCCCCCCCACUGAGCGAAACCUGCAGCUGUAUGAGCAAUGGGUCCUCUCAGGGAAGCAGAGUGACAUCUUCUUUGGGGACACAGUGGUGAAGUGUGGCCGUGUGGAGCUCAACCAGGGCAACACCUUCUUCAUCCCCACAGGCUGGAUCCAUGCAGUAUACACACCUGAAGACUCGUUGGUGUUUGGGGGCAACUUCCUGCACAGUUUUGGCAUUGAGAAGCAGCUUAGAGUGGCACAGGUGGAGGAUGCAACUCAUGUACCCUCCAAGUUCCGGUACCCUUUCUUCACCGAGAUGCUGUGGUACGUGCUAGAGCGUUAUGUCCACGUGCUGCUGGGCCGGACACACCUCUCACUGCCCCCAGAUGAUCCCCACAUAAAUUUAACCCAGUAUGAGCUACACGGACUGAAAGCUAUAGUGAUGUACCUCCAUGCCCUGCCCACCAGCAAGAAAUGUGUGCCGGAACUCAUCACAGACCCCAUUGCACUGAUCAGGGAUGUGCGGACUGUGGUGGAGCAGCAUCGUUAUGACAAACCGGAGCUGGCCCGAACAUGCAAGCCAGUGCUGGAGUGGUGGACCAGGGAGCCCACCAAGUUUGGAGUGAAGCGUCCUCUCGGGGAAAAUGCAAACUCUGGGAUAAAACGUCGCCGCAGAAACUCUGAUGAGAAUCGCAUUGUGGGGCUGCCUCCUAACGUAGCCAAAGUCCGUCACAGGAGAGUCAGAUGCAAGCUGUGUGAGUCGUGUCUGCGGGAGGACUGUCGCAAGUGUGGCUUCUGCCUGGACAUGGUGAAGUAUGGAGGACCUGGCACCAUGAAACAGACCUGCAAGAUGAAGAAAUGCACACAGCCCAUGCUCCCGGCCGCAGCGGUGUGUUACGACUGCCAGCUGGAUGGAUGGGGCCGCAACCUCACCACCCCUCCACAGAAACCACCCCUGCACUCGCCAAGCAGUUUGUUCGAGUGCUGUGUGUGCUUCAAAAUAUCCCACCUCAAGUGUAUUAGCAGCAAGUUCCCUGACGCGGAUGGCAUUGUGAACGAGGACGUGCCGAACAGCUGGGAGUGCCCCGAGUGUGUCAAGGAAGGCUACAACAAAGAGUACAAACACAACAGAGUACCCAGCAGCAGGGUAUCAGGGGCAGGCAGUGACACAGGAGGCCUAAAGACACCUCAGAUAUUGAGUGAGACAGAGGAUAACGAUGUGAAGGUGAAGAUAGAGGACCUGGAUGCCGAAAUAGAGAGGGAGGAGAAGAGGCAACAGGAGGAAGCUGCAGCCAGAGAAGCUUGUGCAGGAGGGGGAGGUGUUGGAGGAGGAGGUGGAGGGGGAGGUGUUGGGGAAGUCAAGAUAAAGCAGGAGGGCGCGGGGCAGGAUGCCGCCUCGCCACACAUGCCGUCGUGGGAGCAGCUGCAGGCGCGAGUGUCCCACCCCUUGGUGCGUCCCACGUGGGUGGUGCGUCCCGUGCCGCCGCCGCCUGAGGACGAGGAUGAUGAGGAGGACGAAGACGAGGAGAGCGGCAGCGACGGCGAGAGUCGCCCGGCGGCCCGGGAGCCACCGCCGCCCGCCCUGCGCCGCGCCGUGAUGGUGCCUGUGUUCCAUCACCUCAGCCGCCGCGACCUGUGUAUGGCCAUGCAGGUGUGCCGCGCCUGGGCACUGUGGGCGCUCACUCCCAGCCUGUGGGCGUCCAUCUCGCUGGCCAGCACCAGGCUCACCCGCACCCACCUGGCGGGCGUGGUGCGCCGCCAGCCAGCCCGUCUGUGCCUCAGCUGGGCGCGCCUGGACACGGAGCAGCUGUCAUGGCUGCUGGCCAGGCUCCCACAGCUGCGGCGCCUGGAGGUGGUGGGUCUAGAGUGGCCCCUACUGGCGUGCCUCUCCUCGCCCUACUGCCCCGCCCUCACGGCGCUGGACUUGUCCUUCUGCGGCAGCCUGACGGAUUCCGCCCUGGCUAGUCUGCUGGCACCGCCCCGCACGCACCGCCCCGGCCACCGAAGCGCCACCUCGCGCUUACGCCAGCUAACGUUCCUGGCAGUGGCGGGCACGCAAGUCGGGGACGAGGGGGUACGCACGGUGGUGCGGGCAUUGCCGCAAUUGGCGGAGCUGGACCUGAGCGAGUGCCAGCGUGUGACGGAGGUGAGCGCGGCGUUGAUGGCACAUCCUGCCAGCGUGGUGCGCGAGUCUCUGGUCAGCCUGGACAUGCGGGGCUGCCACGGUGUGGGCCCCACCUGUCUGCCUGCCCUGGCCCGCCUGCCACGUCUCACCCGCCUGGCUCUGCACCCCUGCAACAAUGUGCCCCUGCCAGCCGUCAGGGUGUGGGGCGCCUCACAUGGCUACACCCUGGACCAGGACAACAUACUGGUGCGCCCCCCGCCCCCUACCCAGGAUCCCGCCACGGACUCCGAGGACUCUGGCCCCCCAAGCCCCAGCCAACCCCCCAAAGAGGACACCCCUGUCCUGCAAAACAGAAGACAGAAGAGGCUAAAGAACACAAGAAUGAACUGACUAAGGAACACAAGAAACAAGAGACUGGAGAACACACUCCAGAAGAGGCUAAAGAGGCUACUCAACACAAGAAAGAUAAUGAUAAAGAGAAGAAGGAAGACGAAAACACUGAAUUGAAGGACGGUGGGAAUAAGGAGGAGAAUGGCACCAG